AUGGCGGGAUUCCUGGAGUCGCUGGAGUCGUGCUUGGAGCGGCACAUCCCGUGCGAGGACCUCGCCGAGGUGAAGCGGGUUCUGUUUCCUGUUCAAUCCAGAAAACUUGAUUUGCCAGCUCUUGCUCUAUCAGCAGCUCAGAAAAGAGAUUUUGAGCUACAGGGCUAUGGAUUUGAAGCUGCUCCAGAGCAGUUGAGAAGGCCACGUAUUGUUCGAGUGGGAUUGGUACAGAACAAAAUUCCACUUCCCACAGACACACCAGUGGCAGUCCAGGUGGCUGCACUGCACAGACGAAUUGAGGAGAUUGUGGAAGUAGCUGCAAUAUGUGGGGUCAACAUUGUUUGUUUCCAGGAGGCUUGGACCAUGCCCUUUGCUUUCUGUACAAGAGAGAAGCUUCCUUGGACUGAAUUUGCUGAGUCAGCAGAGGAUGGGCCAACAACAAAAUUCUGUCAAGAGCUGGCAAAGAAAUACAAUAUGGUUGUGGUAUCUCCAAUCCUGGAGCGAGAUGAAAUACACGGGGGAACUCUGUGGAAUGCUGCAGUGGUCAUUUCUAAUUCUGGAGCUGUCCUUGGCAAAAGUAGGAAAAAUCACAUUCCAAGGAUUGGAGAUUUCAAUGAGUCUACUUACUAUAUGGAAGGAAAUACGGGACACCCAGUGUUUCAAACACAGUUUGGAACAAUUGCUGUGAAUAUCUGCUAUGGGCGCCAUCACCCUCUGAACUGGCUCAUGUUCAGUAUGAAUGGAGCAGAGAUCAUCUUUAACCCUUCAGCCACUAUUGGAACACUCAGCGAGUCACUGUGGCCUAUUGAAGCAAGAAAUGCUGCCAUAGCUAAUCACUGCUUUACAUGUCCCAUCAACAGGGUAGGAACGGAGUACUACAAAAACGCCUUUACUUCUGGAGAUGGUGGAAAAGCACACCAUGACUUGGGCCAUUUUUAUGGCUCAAGUUAUGUAGCUGCACCAGAUGGCAGCAGGACCCCAGGACUCUCUCGCACUCAGGAUGGACUUCUGGUAGUAGAGAUGGAUCUAAAUCUUUGCAGGCAAGUCAGUGACAAAUGGAAUUUUAAGAUGACUGGUAGAUAUGAAAUGUAUGCAGAGAAGCUCACUGAAGCAGUCCAGCCUUAUUUUAUACCCAGUGUAAUCAAAGAGUAAGAGAGAGCAUCUCAUUACAAUCAAAUGCCACAUAAAAAAUUAAAAGGUACUGUUGGAUGAUAGCUUUACUGUGGAUCACAAGUUAUUAUUUUAAUGUUGUCAUUUUAAUUUCCUGUAACCAACUUUUAAAUAAUAGGAUUCAAAACUGUGUUAAAUAAAAUAAUU